AGUGAUUGUUCAAAGUACACUACAUACGUAUCUAGUUAGCGAGUAUACAUGUCGUAUGUCAACACUCGUUCCCGGAUACAGUGGCAGAAAGAAUGGGGAAGAAAGAUGCCUGUGCUUCAAGGUUGCCGGUCGAUCAGUACCGUAAACAGAUCGGAAAACAAGAUUACAAGAAAACCAAAUCUGCUCUAAGAGCGACGAGAUUAAAGGCGGAGGCGAAGCGGAGUGCUCCGGGAAUUCGGGACACCAUCCUGGUCAUCGUCGCCGUCCUUGUCUUCCUGCUCAGCGUGUACGCCUUCUUCUACCUCAACCUGAGCACCGAACUGGAUCUGGACGUGGACGUGGACUAGAGGGGCCCGCUUCCUGGUGAGGCCCUGCCGGGGAGGGACAGCGUGGGCGCCGGGGGGUGGAAGACCCCGCCCCCCCCCCCCCACCGACUCCUUCUCCUUCACACCGCUUCGCUCUGCGCUGCUUGUAUUCCACAUUCCAAGGUGUUCCCAUGAUGCUCCACACUGCGUAGCGGGAGCAUCUGCGAGCGUCUGCUUUAAAACGUGAGACCGCUCUGUCAGUGCGUGAGAGACACUGGACGUAUUGCCUUGCUAAGGAUGGCCCUUGGGAGAUUAUCACGCCUCUAUAAACUUCUGCUUCAAGCCUUUCUGUUGUUGCUGUAAUCAUUUUCCCUUUGUGUGGAAUUGUGUCUUUUUUGGU